CAACACAAAAGUCAUUAUGUGACGUCAUUAUGGCCUGGUUGGGUUAGGUUUGCUGGAAAUUUUUGUUAAUAAUCUUGUAUUUUAGUAUAUUAUAUGUUGUGCUACUUAUUUUAGUAUAGUAAUAUAAAUACCGCAAAUAGCAGCAGUAAUUCUGGUGCCAAGAAACGUUUGUUUCGGCGACGUUUUGUGGCGAAAAUGAAUCGCCAUGAAGGAGUCAGCUGUGAUUCUUGUUUAAAAAAUAACUUCAGAGGACGACGAUAUAAAUGUUUGAUUUGCAUCGACUACGACUUGUGCGCUGUGUGUUAUGAAUCCGGCGCGGUCACGAAUCAACAUACAACAGAGCAUCCCAUGCAAUGUAUCCUAACAAGAAGUGAUUUUGACCUAUACUAUGCGGGUGAGUCACAAGCUUUGGAACAGCCACAGGCGUACACAUGCCCAUUCUGCAAUCGAAUGGGAUUCACAGAUACUGCGCUUAUGGAACAUGUGACUGCCGAACAUGCAGAUACAACUCUUGCUGUAGUUUGCCCAGUUUGUGCCUCACUGUCGGGCGGCGAGCCAAACUUUGUGACUGACGACUUUGCUGGACAUCUCACACUUGAACACCGGACCGGACCCAGAGAUCUCAUCUCUUUUCUUGACGAACCAAGCGGCAUCCGGCAUGGCGGCGUGCGGCGCAUGCCUGCAUCCGGCCGCGGCGUCAGUCGCGCCAGGCGCACGAACAUGCAGUUCAGCGAUUGGCACGUUGUUCGCAGCACCGGCGGCGGCAUAUCGUCUCUGUCGCCGUCGUCGCGCGACGCGGUCGUUGACCCCAUAGCUGAGCUGCUCUCACAGCUGUCGGGGGUGCGUCGCGGAGCUGGCCAGCCCGGCACGCCCAGCCAGCUGCAGCAGCUGCAGAUGCAGCUACAGCUCGAGCGACAGCAAGCUACUGCCGCUCGACAGCAGCUGGAGCGACUGCCGCGGCGAGCCGCGACGUCCUCCAGCAGCGCGGCCGCGCCCCCUCCUGCCGCCCAGCCUGCCGCGCCCCCGCCGCAGCCAGACGUCUCCGAGUACACCUUCCUGCUCUCCGGCUUCCUAGAUGCGACAAGCUCUGCGAGCAACGAAGAAGCGGAAUCUCGUGCGGCGCUGCUCCGCGGGCUGAUGCUGGCGUCUCUGGGGCGCGCGCCCCCCGCGCCUCCGCCUGCACAGCCCGCGCCCCCCGCGCAGCCCGUGCCGCCCGCACCCCCCUCUCAACCCGCGCCCCCCGCCCAGCCCACUCAGCUCGCGCAGCCCGCGCAGCCGCCGCCGCGCACCAAGCCUCAGCCUCGCACCAAGGAGGCGGCUGCGCGUGCGCACCCCGGCGCGCGGCAACUGCCUGAAGGUAGGUAGGAGCGCCGCGCGGCGAGCCCCCGCCCGCCCCGCGCCCCGCGGCCCCGCCAGCCCAGCUAGACCCGUCGCGCACCGUGUGACUGACACCACUACCGCAGUACCGCACUACCGCAGUACCGCAGUACUACACCACGGUACACAGGGAUCAGGAACUACCCACAAUAGGGGCACAGUUAAUAGCUCUACCACGAACUAUUGAAUAGGGUUGCCACAUUGCCUUUACCACGAUAACAUCGCGAUCGCUUUAUUUUUAUCACAUAUAAAUACGCGAAGUAUUGGCGUUGCGUGUUUAAUUUUCACAACUAAACGUUAAAUUUAUGUAAUUUGUAACGCUGAACACAUGUGAAGUUAAGCGCGAUUUUUACUGCACUUGUGCAGAUGUGCGCUUGUAACAUACUUCAUAGUCUUUAUUUUUCAUCAAAUGUUGGCAUGAUUUUAACAAAUUACGUCAAAAAUUAUAUGCCAACAUAAAUAUUAUUGGG